AUGCCUGUUGCGGUCGAUGACUCGGAGGCCCGCAAAGUCAGCCGGCAGAUCGACGAGGCGUUGAACGCCGAGAAGGAGGCCAUCAGGAAGAGGCAGACGGCGAGGAAGGAUGUCAAGGUUAUGCUACUCGGACAGGCCGAAUCGGGCAAGUCUACGCUACAGAAACAGUUCCAACUCUUCUACGCGUCCAAGUCGCUCGAGAGCGAGAAGCCCUCAUGGCGGCCUAUCGUCUUCUUCAACGUCAUCAAAGCUGUACGCAUGAUUCUCGAAGAGCUCGACUUCGAAUUUUCUGGCCAAGCUGCUGUCGACGAUGCACUAAACACCACUCAAUCCCUGAUCGUACUUGGACCGCAUUGGCCGGACGAGAUCGCGCGCCUGCGUACCAAGCUCUUGCCGUUGAUAGCCAUCGAAGACUCCCUCGCGGCCGAGCUCAGUAACGGCAUCACCGUCGGAGGAGGUCGCUCGGGCGUAUUUGUGCGCGCAGGCUGGCAGGCGCUCGUCACGCCGACGCGAAGCUAUCCCAUUUCGGACGCUCGGAACUCCCUGUCAAGUACGCGCGCUGGUGUCAUGGCCACCAUGGCUGGGCGCUUGCUGUCCGAUACGCAAGAAUUCGUGCUCGACUUGUGGCACCAUCCUGCUGUGAAGGCAUUGUUGCGCCUACGCAAACUACGACUAGAAGAGUCAGCGUCAUUCUUCCUGGAGGAGGUACGACGGCUGGCAGAACCAGACUACGUCCCCAACGUCGACGAUGUCCUACACGUUCGCUUACAGACGCUGGGCGUCACUGAGCACUCUUUCGACAUUGACUUCGGCGGUGGGAGGUACAACUGGCUGCUCUAUGAUGUCGGUGGUGCUCGUGGACAGAGACACGCCUGGGUGCCUUACUUCGACGAUGCGACCGCGAUCAUCUUCCUCGCGCCGAUCUCCGCUUUCGACCAGUAUCUUGAAGAAGACCCACGCACAAACAGGAUAGACGACUCCUUGCAACUCUUUACGGCUAUAUGCACCAACAAGCUACUCAAGCACUCCAGUCUCGUGCUCAUGCUAAACAAAACCGAUCUGCUAAAGAAGAAGCUUAACGCGGGUAUCCAAGUGCGCAAAUACAUCACAAGUUUCGGCGACCGGCCGAACCGUUUCGAGGAAGUUGCCGAGUACUUCCGCGCGCAUUUCUCGCAAGUGCACAAACGCAAGGGUCAAACGAAACAGCAGUUGUACACGCACUUCACGAGCAUGCUCGAUAUCCGCGCUACCCAGAAGAUCAUCGUCGAUGUCAACGAGGCGAUCAUCAAGUCCUACCUCGGUCAAUCCGGCUUGGCUUGA